CACAUGGUUCAGACACAGUUACCGAUGUCUUACCCUCCUCAAUACGGAGGCAGUCAACAACAGCAACAACAGCAGCAGCAGCAGCAGAACGGGGGUGAGCAGACCGCACAGCAUCUAAGGAAUGACGGAGGAUCCAAAGAUUCCUCGUUUAGCGUCCCAGUCAUCACCAGUAAUGGGGUCGAGCAACAAACGCAAACGGAUUUAGAACCCGAAGUGAUAGUGUCAGCUAGUGGCCAAGCAUCAACACAAACAGCAGCUUCAGAUGGCUCAAAGUUUAGCCAACCAAAACGGCUUCAUGUCAGCAACAUUCCCUUCAGAUUCAGAGAUCCUGAUCUUCGGCAGCUAUUUGGGCAAUAUGGCCCUAUAUUAGAUGUUGAAAUCAUUUUCAACGAGCGUGGCUCCAAGGGUUUCGGUUUUGUAACGUUCGCAAAUAGCCUCGAUGCUGAUAGAGCACGUGACCACUUGAACGGCACGGUGGUAGAGGGAAGAAAGAUCGAGGUGAACAAUGCAACAGCAAGGGUUCAGACAAAAAAACUGCCAACAAUUCCAAAUGUGGCUGCCUUGAGGGGCGUGGCCAUCCAGAGAGGACGGGCGAGAGGGGCGUUCGCGACCGCUUUUGCCCGGCAUCCCUCGCCCCUAACUGCAGCUGCCGCCGCCACGGCACUACAUGGUUACACACCGUUAAUGUUGCACAGAGGAGUUUAUCAAGAUCCUUUCCUGGCUUACGCUGGUGCCGAACGUUAUCAACUUCCGGCGUCCUAUGCCGCAAGUGCUGCCUACACUGCAGCUGCAGCUCGAAGUUACGCUGCUGCAGCUGCAGCAGCUCAGCCCGUGGCCUCUUACGCCGCAGUUGCAGGAUCUCCAUCAUUGUAUUACAGCUAUGGGCGGGAAUACGCAGACCCAUACCUAGGCCAUAGCAUAGGCCCAGUGGCUGGAUACGGGGUAAGUGGAAAUAUUUUGAAAGCUGCCGUGUACAGAAGUGGUUACAACCGAUUCGCACCGUACUAGCAGCUGACAGGAAACAUCAUGUGGCUACUCGGUUGUCCAACCUGAUUUGCAACAGUCAAGAACAGCGGCCUACUCAUACCACAGAAAGGACAUGCCAUGUUACACAGACUAUUACCGUCUGUAACAUUCUGUAUAAAGAAAAUUCUUAAUACUUCAUUGUGGCUCAAGAACCUCACAAUUUGCGAGGUUAAUAGUAAAGAAAUGUGUUGAAUAGCGUAUCUUGCGCAAAACGUUUCAUGCAACUUAGUUUUUCUAAA